GGGAGGUAUAUUGAUACAAGCUCUCUCAAGGAUUUGCACAGUAGGAUCAGAUAUCAGCUCCAUCCUGGCUCCACCCAGCUUCUCUCAUAACCUGGAAAUAAAGCGACGCCUAAAUAAAUAAAUAAAUAAAUAAAUAAACAAACAACGCUGCUGCAGCUGUUAAUGUAGUGACUUCAUCUUCAGCAAAGCUGCGUUGAGGUGUAUCGAUGGUGGUCCAGUUUAAUGAUCGUCAACCCGGCAGGACUGAGUGUUAAUCGGCAGCAGCUGUCACCAAACAUCGUGUGAGAUCGCCCUAACUCGACUGACCUGGAUGUGAAACUGGAUUAAAGGCCGAAUCUCGCUUUAUUUUGACAGACCGUAACAACCCUGCGAUAUAAACAGGGGAUGGUUGCAGCAGCAGCAGCGGGGGUAGCUAACGUUAGCUAACUUCAUCAGCCGGUGGUUUCAUAUUAUUUCCACUCAGGAGCACAUCCAUCAUGACACAAUGAACGGACUUAGGAGGGGCUUUUUCAGCCGGCUAAAUUAGUUGUCUUUGCAUUGUGAGUAAUGGAGUCAAGGUGCCAAGAGGAGCAGGAAACAAUGUUGUUAUUAGCCAGUUAGCUAACGUUAGCUCAGCUAGCUGUUAGUUAACUACAUCAAAUUAGUGGGCUGAGUUAGCCGAGCUAACUCAGCCCACUAAUUUAAAUAGGCACGCAUACUAUUAAAGCCCGUCUGCUGCCUAAGUUAAUGUUUGUCACUUGGGUAGAUUUUGCUUAGUGACAGGUUUCUUCGCCCUCCUUCUCCAGUGAAACACUUCUUUCUUUCAGCUUUAACCAUUUCUCUGCUGUUAACUGAGCUAACUAGCUGACGUUAGCUAACCAGCUGUGCGGAUCAGUCCGCUGUGGUGUCACUGCAAUCUGUUGGCUGCUGAAGUCAUACUGCAAACAUAGCUUUACUACUGUUUAACUGUCAAGCGGACGACAACCAUGGCCCAAGAAGCGUUUCCUCUGCAUUUGCUGGUCUGGAACAAUCAGUAUCUGGAGCUUGAUCGAGAGCUGCAGAAGAAUGAGCAGGAUAUGGAGCGCGUAGAUCCGAGGGGGCGCACCCCGCUGGAGCUGGCUGUGUGUCUGGGCCACCUGGAGUCAACCAGGGUGCUGCUCAGACACUCCUCUAACCCCACACACUGCAACACACAGGGCUGGACCAUCUUGCAGGAGGCGGUGAGCACCGGGGACCCUGAGUUGGUUCAGCUGGUGCUUCAGUACAGAGACUUCAAGCGUGCCACUGAGAGACUGGCGGGCAUCCCAGAGCUGCUCAGCAAACUAAGACAGGCGCGGGACUUCUAUGUGGAGAUGAAGUGGGAGUUCACUAGUUGGGUGCCCUUGGUGUCGAAGGUGUGUCCCAGUGACGUCUACCGGGUGUGGAAGAGCGGCUCGUGCCUCCGUGUGGACACCACCCUCCUGGGCUUCGAACACAUGACCUGGCUGAAAGGACGGCGCAGCUAUAUUUUUAAGGGCGGAGAUGACGGGGCCGUGGUGAUGGAGGUGGACCAUGAGAAGCAGGUGGUGUACACAGAGCCACUCGUGUUGUCUCCCCGUGACGCGCCCUCCCUCCUGGCAGCCAUGCAGCCAUCACAGGAGAACACAGCCCAGAGAAUCACGUCGCCCAUCGUCUCCACGCACCUCAACACACGCAACAUUGCCUUUGAACGGAACAAGUCGGGAAUCUGGGGCUGGCGUUCCGAGAAGAGUGAGGUGGUCAGCGGGUACGAGGCCAAGGUUUACAGUGCCACCAAUGUGGAGCUGGUGACUCGGUCGAGGACAGAGCAUCUAUCAGACCAGGAUAAGUCGAGGAGCAAAGGCUCAAAGACUCCUCUGCAGUCGUUCCUGGGGAUUGCUGAACAACACACAGCUCACAAUGGGAGUAAUGUGUCCCAGUGUGCCAGUCCUCACAACCCCACAGCCAUCACAGCUGAGGAGUACUUCAACCCAGAGUUCAACCUGAACGGCCGGGACAUUGGGCGCCCCAUCGAGCUCACCAGCAAAGUCCAGAAGUUUAAAGCGACACUGUGGUUGAGUGAGAGUCACCCGUUGUCCCUGGCUGAGCAGGUGACACCCAUUAUCGACCUCAUGGCCAUCUCCAAUGCCCACUUUGCCAAGCUGCGUGACUUCAUCACCCUGCGCCUGCCGCCUGGCUUCCCUGUCAAGAUAGAGAUUCCCCUGUUUCACGUGUUGAACGCCAGAGUGACGUUCAGUAACCUGUGUGGCUGCGACGAGCCGGUCAGCUCUGUGACGGUUCACAAACCUGAGAGCUCCGAGGAAGCUGGUCAGUCUUUCAGUCCCUUCAACUGUGAGGUGGACCCCUCAGUGUUUGAACCCCCGGCAGACUACACCACCCUUGGUCCAGGCCGCAGCGAGCCAAUGAGGGACGAGGACGACAACCUGCUGCAGUUUGCCAUCCAGCAGAGCCUGCUGGACGCCGGCACAGAGAGUGACCAGGUGACUAUCUGGGAGGCCCUGACCAACAGCCGCCCGGUGCCCCCGAGUCCACUGUACGAGGAGGACUCUCAGCUGGAGAGGGCAAUCCAGGAGUCCCUGUCCAUCUCGCUGGCCAGCAGAGAGGGAGAAGACACGGCUGACCCCAGCCAGCCCUCCUCUGUCUCCCCGCUGGACCCCACCGCCAAUUCCCCGCUCUCUUACAGCACAGUGACCGAUCCACGGCUGUCGGGACACUUUGGUGUGGCGUCGAGUUUCGAUGAGCAACUGCGUAUCGCCAUGGAGCUGUCGUGCCGGGAGCAGGAGGAGAUAGACAGGCAGCAGAAGGAGGAAGAGGAGGAGCUGGAGAGGAUCCUGCAGCUGUCACUCACCGAGAAGUAAUGUCACUACAGCAGUGGAGCGGUGUUCUUCAUUGGGGAACAAUCCUCUUAAUUUAUUCAGUUUUAUUUUUAUUUUUUAAAUGCUGAGAUGUUAAGUUAUUAAAGAUAUUUUAUUUGUCUUUCUCACACGAAGGCUGCUACAACAGAGUGUAAAUGACCAGAAUAUAAGAAGUGUGAGUGAAACAGGUGGGAGGGAUGAGUAAGAAGAGGUGGAAAGAGGUAGUCUGAAACACUACAGUGAAGGAGGAGACAAAAGGGAGUCUUUGUUCUUUUUUUUUAUUGAAUAUUUUUCACAGUGUUGCUGUCUUUUAUUGAGUGAUGAAUGAUCCUUAAACUUUAAACCUAUAACAUGAUCCAUGAUAAUGAUGAAAAAUAUGAAAAUACAAUCUUAAUGGAAUAACUUAAAAUUAUUAAAAAUAUUUAAAAUAAAACUAAAAACAUGAUUAUAACAUUUGAAACAUUUAUGUUGGCUUACUCCUAUGUGUGAAAAAUAAAGAAUAAUGAUCAUCCUG